CAGGGACCGGCAGCAGACUGCAACCUGGAGAGUUAGUCUGAUUACAGAGGAGGGGGCGUGUUGUGGAUGGAGGAGAGUUUGUAACCGAGGAUGUGGGGAACAGCAGGAGACAUGUGCUGCUCCAGGACCAUAGCCGAGCAGAAGUGGAGUUGAGAAGAAGCAGGACCACCAGGCACUCUAGUUCUCCACCUGUCCUGUUUUUCUUUGGAUGGACCGUGAGCGCCGCCGUUCGUGCUAUGAGCGUCUCUGAGUCGCCACCUGUGGAUCAGAACCAGCCGGGUACCAUUCCAGCUCCGAGGAGGUUACCUGGCGGCGGGAAGCGGGGAGCGGUUGUGUCCCGCAGCCCGUCUCGUCCCCCCCAGCCGCCGCGACCCCCAACGCCGGCGCAACCUGGUCCCCCAUGAGCGGGUCCAUGUGCGGUUGCGGCUGCAGCAUCAUCUCCUCCCUGAUGAAGAGACUGGGCCGCUCGGCGUGCUGCUCGGAUCUCCUCUCCUGCAGCCAGACCUCAGAGCAGCUGCAGCGCCUGGCCGCCGACCGCCCGCCUCCAUCCAAGAAUGCCAAGCCCUUCCCCUCCUCAGACAGCCUAGCGAAGGUCCAGGAGGUAGCAAGCUGGCUUUUGGAAAUGAACCAGGAUCUGCUGUCGGGGGGCAGCAGCAGCAGGCGCAGUCGGGGCCUCGGGGGUCAGGCCGUGCGAGGUAACGCCUCCUCCACCACCCGGGCACCACAGCAGGCGGCCGAGGACGAUGAGGACGAGCACGUUAACCGAGUGGUGGAGGAAGAGGAGCUGCGGCAGAGGCCGGAGGCGUCGCAGGCCGACGGCGAGCGGGAGCAGCCAUGGGCACCCGGCGAGUCCGGAGCCAGCAACGGCCCUCAGAGUGAGGGAGAGGAGGGCCGAGGAGGGCCGCUGAGCGAAGUCACCGGAGACGGCAAGGGAAGCCGGUGGCAGUGGGGGUCGGACCAGCAGAGGCAGCUCCAAGGACAGCGCCCCCUGGAGGAGGACGAGGACGAGGAGGAGGAGGAGAACAACAACAGCAGCAGUCAUCAAGAGGAGGAGGACACAGAGGGGAGGACAGAGGGAGGGGAGGAGCAUGGGAGGGAGGAAGGAGAAGAAGAGGAGGAUGAGGAAGAGGAGGACGAUGAGGAGAUGGACCAAGACAGCGAUGAGUUUGAACAUUCAGCGGAGAGUGGGAGAGAGGAGGAGGAAGAGGAGGGGGGAGAGGGAGAGGAAGGGCUGCGCUCCCCCUCCCUCAGGAACAGCGUGUCUGCCCCCAGUAGGAAUCAGGAGACGGGAUGUCCACACCAAAGUUCUUCCAGCAAGAAGAUGAAGAGAAAGUUGGACCAUGGCCCAGAGGUCCGAUCUUUCCCUUCAGGAAAAAAGCCCUGCAAAGGCCCGGAGUAUCCGAGCCCAACAGGAAUUGUCCCGUGUCCAGCCACACCCACCACCUUCGGCCACAUCAGAGCGGCCAAUGGCCAGGGCCAGCAGAGACGACGAAUCACCUCAAUCCAGCCUCCUACGGGGCUCCAGGAAUGGCUCCGAACAUUUCAGAGCUGGAGCGGCCCGGAGAAGCUGCUAGCGCUGGAUGAGCUGAUCGACAGCUGUGAGCCCACACAGGUCAAGCAUAUGAUGCAGGUGAUCGAGCCGCAGUUUCAGCGCGACUUCAUCUCCCUGCUGCCCAAAGAGCUGGCUUUGUACGUACUUUCAUUCCUGGAACCGAAGGACCUCCUGCAAGCGGCGCAGACGUGUCGCUACUGGCGCAUCCUGGCAGAGGACAACCUGCUGUGGAGAGAGAAAUGCAGGGAAGAGGGUAUCGAUGAGCCUCUGCCCCCACGGAAAAGGAAGGUGGCCAAGCCGGGCUUCACCCACAGCCCCUGGAAGAGCGCCUACAUCAGGCAGCACAGGAUAGACACCAACUGGAGGAGAGGGGACCUGAAAUCACCCAAGGUGCUGAAGGGACACGACGACCAUGUGAUCACCUGCCUCCAGUUCUGCGGCAACCGCAUUGUCAGCGGAUCCGAUGACAACACACUGAAGGUCUGGUCGGCCAUCACAGGAAAGUGUUUACGGACGUUGGUGGGCCACACCGGGGGCGUGUGGUCGUCCCAGAUGCGAGACAACAUCAUCAUCAGCGGCUCCACCGAUCGCACGCUCAAGGUCUGGAAUGCAGAGACGGGAGAAUGUAUCCACACCCUCUACGGGCAUACCUCAACAGUACGCUGCAUGCACCUACACGAGAAAAGGGUGGUCAGUGGCUCUCGUGACGCCACGCUUCGUGUCUGGGACAUCGAGACGGGUCAGUGUUUACACGUCCUCAUGGGCCACGUGGCGGCGGUGCGCUGCGUCCAGUACGACGGACGGCGGGUUGUCAGCGGGGCCUACGACUUCAUGGUCAAAGUGUGGGACCCAGAGACGGAGACCUGCCUCCACACGCUGCAGGGUCACACCAACAGAGUGUACUCCUUACAGUUUGACGGGAUCCACGUUGUGAGCGGCUCCCUGGACACGUCCAUCAGGGUCUGGGACGUGGAGACGGGGAACUGCAUCCACACCCUGACGGGUCACCAGUCCCUCACCAGCGGCAUGGAGCUGAAAGACAACAUCCUGGUCUCAGGCAACGCAGACUCCACUGUUAAGAUCUGGGACAUCAAGACGGGCCAGUGUCUCCAAACUCUGCAAGGUCCCCACAAGCACCAGAGUGCCGUGACUUGCCUCCAGUUCAACAAGAACUUUGUCAUCACCAGCUCUGACGACGGCACGGUCAAGCUGUGGGACCUGAAGACGGGCGAGUUCAUCCGGAACCUGGUGACCCUGGAGAGCGGCGGCAGUGGCGGCGUGGUGUGGCGCAUCCGGGCGUCCAACACCAAGCUGGUGUGCGCCGUGGGCAGCCGCAACGGCACGGAGGAAACCAAGCUGCUGGUGCUGGACUUUGACGUGGACAUGAAGUGACAGGAAGUGGUGCGGGAGAACACGCUGUGGAAGGAUGAAGAGAGCGACCCGCAGAGAGAGAGAGGAGGGGGACGGGAACCCGGAGACCCAAAAAACUCUUCACCUACACUCAAGAGAGUCUACAAUCACAAAACCCGCCGCUGUCCGCGUCUCCCAUUUGAGUUCCUGCUACGGGCAAACUCAGUCCAGUCCCCUCUGACCCCCGGCCCCUCCUGCUGAAGGUGAUCUGGAGGGAGAAACGGAGCGAACUCCCCUGAACCGGCCGGCUUCGCACAGAGGACCCGCUUUCGCUCGAGUCGGACAGAUUUUCAGAUGUACAGAGAGAUAUUAUUUUUUAAAACUCCCCCACCCACCCAUGCACCCCCUCCCUCCCUUCCUAUCAGAGCGUGUGCAUAUAGUCAUCACACGGCCAUGAUGACUGGCUUCCCCUCACAGUUCCUCCCAAAGAGCUGCUGGACGUGGUGGGGGGGGCGUCGGGGUGGUCCGGCCCGUUUCCGUCACUCAGUUUCUGUUCUCAUCGCUCUGCACUCGGGUUUCUGGACUUUUGAUUUCUCCACAUAAACACAACUGUGAAUUUCAGGAUCUGAAGAGUUUUUUUUUUUUGUUGUUGUUGUUGUUGUUGGUUUUAUGCUACAUGCAGAAUUUCAGUAUUAGAGGAUGAAUCUGGUCCAGUCCGUUACAGUCCGGUCUCUGUUACCGUCAGUGCUGUUCAGCUCUGGGGGGGGUUUCCUCAGAAGCUGGAGGGCUGAGGACAAACACCUCAACUAUCCACUGACCCUGACCCCGCCCUGCCCUGACCCCGCCCCCCCAAGUGGCCAAACUGAAUCUAAUGCUGCUAGAGGAACCGGAACCAGAGAACGGAGCUUCUACUUGCUGUGACGUUUUAGUCCACAGGCGAAAUUCCUCACAGGACUCUCUGUACGUUUGGACUUAAACCAGAAACGCGAUGUGACGUGAUCACCAUCCUCCGACCUUUUGUUGUUUUUUUUUUUUGGUCUUUUUUGUUUUGUUUUUUUUUUUGCCACUGAAACUUGAGCCAAACGUGCCUCUGCGUUUGAGGCUACGAGGAGGGAGCGCGUCCGACAGAAACUGACAGGAGACACAAACGAGGGGGAAUUGUAACACUGUUAGAGAACGUGCGUGUGAGUGCGUGUGUGUGUGUAUGUGUGUGUGUUAGCUGGCAGCUUGUUAUCACAUUCCUUGGGACAAUGCUUCUCCAGCCUGUUCUUUGGGAAAAAUGUCAAAAUGCUGCGUGGACUGGCUUAAAAAAAAAAAAAAAAAGAGGUUAAAAAGAAAU